AUGUCAGAAAUAAAAAUUAGUCCAGAAGUAAACGAAAUCAAAGAAAAAAUAAAAAGUUUAAAUAUUGGCCAAGUUAGCGAGUUGGUCGAAAGUUUAAAAACCGAUUAUAAUAUUCAAGAGACCGCCAUAGUUCAGCCGACAGCCGGAACCCAAGCCGCCGAAAAAGUUGAGGAAAAAGGUGGUAAUGUAGCCGUUAAAUGGGUAAAAAUGGAAAAGGAAGGAGCAAGUAUAGUGCCACUUUUAGGAGAUAUAGUAGAGGUUGUAAAAGAGUUAAAAGGAGAAGAAAUUACUAAACUUCAAGCCAAGAAACUAGCAGAAGGAGGAGAAAAAAUUGUUCUAGCAGAUAUUCCACGGGACAAAGCCGAAGCAUUCCAAAAGAAAAUGAAAGAAAAAGGGGCCAUAUAUUUAACUGUCAAUCGUUCACCCCUUUUUCAAGGCCUUCCAGAAAGGGAUUACGCCCGCGAACAAAAAAAAUCUUAUGAUAAUUUUCGGCAUGAAAGAUUGCCAAAAUUAUUAACUUUUUAUUUUCCGGCUGAGUUUAAUGACUAUAAUAAUAACAUUAAAAUAAGUGUUGAGAAUCUUAUUUAUCAAGAACCUACAAUUGAAAAAAAUGGCAAAGUAAUAACCGAAACCGAGGAACAAGCCCGGGCCGAGGGUCGGACUUGGAGUUAUCUGGCUUCUGUGAACUGA